UUUGAAAAAUCAAUAUUAGCAUUGAUUUAAAAAUAUAAGAAAUUCGCACAAAACAAAAUAGGGAAAAUAUAUCCGAAAUAGUGAUUGGGAUAUCAUAGUCAUUCGCCAACAGUCAACUUCGCCCAAUCAACCCUCGCUUAGGAGAAUUUAUCUUCACUUUAUCUUAUUGAAAUAAUUUAUGAUCUAACUGUUGUGAUAUUUAAAAUUGUUUCUGAAGCAGCCUGACUAAGAAUAAAUAAACCUAUUGGCAUAUAAUCCGUAAUAGACGAGGUUACUAUUUUGGGGCAUGUAUAAUCCUCCCAGCCCACUUACACAAUUUGGGCUUUUUGGGCUGUCCAUUAAUUAUUUCUCGCACCCAAUAUGACAACCAAUAAUACUCCAUGUCUGUUCCGGUUUAUAGACGCGAAGAACGCGGGGAUGGGAGUUUGACCCGAUACUCCCAAGGUCCAUUAGACCUCACCCACACUAAUCAUCCUCAUCGUCUUCUUCCCAGAAGAGCUCCAAAAUCUGAGAAGAGGCGGCUGCUCCUUAUAUAUAUAAAUCCAAUUUCUCCUCGCCGGAGGGAUACCGACGAUGGCUGAUCGGAAAGAUGACGUCGACUAUCUGUUUGCUCAUCUGAAGCGAGCGAUUCGCCAGCCGUCAUCUGCUGGUAGUUACAUUGACGUCGAGGAGACGGAGGAGGAGGAGGAAGAAUACGACGAUUAUGACGACGGCUAUGAUAACAGGACGGAUGCGGAGGACGAUGGGAAGGCGGAAUUGGCAUGCCCAUUUUGCUCGGAUGACUUUGACGUUUUAGGGCUGUGCUGUCAUAUUGACAGCGAGCAUCGUCUGGAGACCAAAUCUGGGAUAUGUCCUCUCUGUGCCUCUAGUGUGCGGAUGAACAUGGCUGCACAUGUGAUUUCACAACAUGAGAGUCUCUUGAAGAUAUCCUUCAGUUUCAUCAAUUUUAAACUUUAUCUUAUGAGUGGAUCAGUGAACUGUUUUGCGUAGUACACACAGGUGAUGUCCUAAUGGUGGUGUGCCUAAUUUUGUUCCAAAAAAAAAAGAAUCUUAUUUGAACAAAAAAAGUUAAUUUUCAUUCUAUUUUACAUUAGUAAAAAAGAAUAUUUAAAAAAAAAAAACUUAUGAUUGGACUUAUUUUUUUCAUAGAGCCAUCAUGAUAUCUUGCAUGACACACUUUAUAUGCACAAUUUGGAGAGAAAUAAGAGUGAGAAUGGAGGAGGAUUCUAAACUCUAAAGAUGUUUUUCUUCUCAUUGAAAUUUUUAAGAACUAGUCGCGUUUGUAUUCUUAUCAAGCAACCAUUUAAGAACUUCCUACCACUUCUCUUUUUCUCUGCAAGUACUAUUGCUCUCUCCGUCGCAACAAAGAUUCCUUUUUAAA